GCUAAAGUUACAAAAAAAUAUUCUCCAAAAUAUCGGUCUGUGUAAAUGAAAUCAAAGUAGUUAAAAAAUUUAAAAAAACACUGAAGAGGUCGCACCAAUCAAUAUUUUUAACAUUCCUUUUAUCUUGACGCUUAAUUUAACAAUCAAAACAAAGUUAGAAACUAAUACGUUAAAUGUGCAAUAUUAUGUGUUUGAAAUACCUAUUUAAUGAACGUUGUAAUUAAAAUUAACUGAUGCAAUUAAAAACAACAGACUUAUGUAGAAGUCAUAUAGCAACAAUAGAUAAUAUAGUUUGUUAAGAAAGUGUACAACAAUUGCUGAUAAUAUGUUAGCCUGUAUUUUAUGUCUAGAAGAACUGAUGCAUAAACAAAUGGAAAUAUUCUCAGCAGAAGGUGUUGAAUUAGAGAUUGAGAGCAUAAUUUGCAAAUAUUUUUGGAUAAAGCCCAAUAAACUAUUGCAUCCGGAACAACAAAUAUGUUAUGCCUGUUGGAAUAAGUUAAUUGAGUUCCAUGAAUUCCACCUGCAUGUCGCUAAAGUACACAAUUAUUUAGAAUCCGUACCUUCUGCUGACAUUUGGUUAACCGAUCCGUUGCCACAUAAUGUUGAACCAAAUUUUGAAGAUAAAACUGAUAUAAAAGAGGAAUUGCUGAAAAAUGACUUCCAUACAGAAAUAAAAGUUGAAGUGAACGAACUAGAAUUUUUACCGAAUGUUGAAGUGAUCGAAGAAAACAUUAUUUCUACGAAAAGAAAAGUAAUAAAAUCAGAAAAACGUUCUGAACGCACAAAAGUCUGUUCUGAUAAACGAAAAUUAAAAGAAAGCACAAACGAAUCUCUAAUAACAAAAAGAAGAAGAAGACAUGUGGAAACCCAUUUUCGGAAUGUCGAUUAUAAAAUUGAACAAAAUACUAUUAAAUGUACUAAAUGUGAUAUAAUAUUCGAAGAUAAAAAAUCCUUUAAAAGGCACUGCCAAGAAAUGCAUGCAGUAAAAUCAGAAAACAAAAAACUAUAUCCAUGCCAAAAUUGUGAUAAAGUGCUUACCACUAAAACUACCUUGGAGUAUCAUAUUAAUGCUUACCAUGUACCUGAAUCAGAAUUUCGAUAUAUUUGCACGGAACAUGACUGCAAUAAAAAGUUUCCAUCAGAGCGUAAAUUAAAAGAACAUGCAAAACUACAUGAUCCCGAAAGUACCUUCAUUUGUGAUAAAUGUGGUAAGAUACUGCGAAAUAAAUCUAAACUAAAGAAACAUCAUCAAAUGAAACAUUCAGAUGAGCCAGUGCCGAUGCCAGAACCAAAACAAUGUCCCAUAUGUCAUGCAUGGUUAAAAAACGCUCCAGGACUACGAAAACAUAUAUUAGGAAUGCAUGAUACUAGCGGUGUAGAACAUCGUUGUCCAAUAUGUAGUAAGGUUUCUAGUAAUGCUCAAGCGCUAAAACGACACAUAUUUUUCAAUCACAAAUGCGAAAGAAAGUAUAAAUGUAAUAUGUGCGAAAAGGCAUUUAAAAGACCAACAAACUUAAAAGAACAUAUAUCAACACAUACGGGUGAAAUUUUAUAUACUUGUCCAUAUUGCCCAAUGACUUUUAAGUCAAACGCAAAUAUGUACAGGCAUCGCCAACGUUCACAUCAUGCUGAGUUGGAAGCUGAUAAUAAGAAGUCUUUAUUGCAUUCCAAAAUACGAAAUAAUCAAAAUAAUGUUGUUGGUAAUACAAUACAGUAUGCAAAUAUUGCCUCGAAUUGUUAAUGCUGAAUUAUUAAAUAAAGAAGCUCUA